AUGCCCGUCGACCACACCCAAUAUAAUCCCCCCACCCACCUUUACCCGUACAACAUCAUGACUGAGGCAGAAACGCGCGAAUUGAUAGAGCGUUCCGCGGCGGACAAGGCAGCUCAGGAUGAAGCGAAGCGAGUGCGGGCCCAGCAGGAUAGGGCGCUCAAGGAUGCGGUCCUGGCGCAGAAGGGUGCGCUGAGCUCCGUCAUGACUCCAGGGGGUAGUAGUUCUACCGCGCAGAACAGGCAGGAGAAUGCUCCCGCUGCACAGCAAGCGGGACCCUCCGCACCUUCCGCCUCAAAUACCCUUACCCACUCCAUUUCCCCUUCCAUCCCGCAUCACCACCAUCACCACCAUCAUCACCAUCACCCCGCGCCGCUGCAGGCCGACCGACCAGGCUACAGCGCGAGCAAUCCCGGCCCAUCCACCGGCUCCGGCACGUCCCAGCGCCCCAAUACAGGCAGUACACCCAAUUCCGGCGGAAGUAACCCGCCCCGUCCCUACUCGUACGGUAGCCAGCAAGGCACGCCCGCUGCUGGCCCCUACAGCCGGCAGCCGACGCCUCAGGACCAGACCCGCGUGAUGUCCCCUACCGCUCCUACUGGCCGAGCCCCUACCCCAUCAGCCACGUCCGCAAGGCAGGGACCGGCCUCCAUUUCCCCACAAGCUGCACCAGCUGUUCCGCCCAUGUUUGGCGGGACGCGCACUCUGCCCAGUCCCUUUGAAGGCGAACAGCCUCGACGUCAUCUUGACCGUCCAGAGGCACCUCCGGCACCUCGCAGCCCCCAAAAUGCGAACGACAGCCGUGACCCAGCGCGGUCACCCACAUCUCGCGCCCCCUCGGCUCAAAUACCCCAAUCCGCACCGGUCACCGGAGCCUCGGAGAGGAGAUACCCUACCGACACUCGGCAAUCCCCUGCAUACCCACCUUUUUACCAGCCAUCUGCAUACAGCACCACUCAGCCUUCGACCACCCCUACCGUUUCGCCCCCUAAUACGCACGGUUCAGCCCCCCAGAACCCCUCGUCGACCGCCAAUGCUGCGUCUAUCGCGGCGUAUAAUCGGGACCGGGAUCGUGAGGCGCAAGAGCGGCGAGAACGGGAGCAAAGGCAGCGGGAGGCGCAGAAUAGGCGGGACCGGGAGCAGGUCGAGGCGGAUAUUGCGCGCGCAGAGUCGAGGAGAUUACAGCAGGAGGCGGACGAUAGGCAGAGGGCAGCAGCGGCCAAAACGGCCAUCCCGGCCAAUCGAUACCCGCAAGAACCGGGAUCCUUAAUCAGUCAAGUCGCGCCCGUUCGCGAGCCUCGGCCAUAUACCCUCAAGGCGGAGACUUUGCCCAACAAUCCGCCCCUUUCUGCCCAGAAUGGCGGUUCUCAGUCCUCGGCAGCGCUAGCGGCGCAACGCGAGCGGGAGUACCAGUACAAUCCGCGCGAGCGGGACCCGCGAGAGAACCGAUCACGGAUGGAUCUGGCGGUCGAGGAGCAAAACAAGCGGUCGGCUACUGCGGCGAUAUCGGCGGUUUCUCGAAAGCGGAAGAAGGAGGAGAGUGUACUUUCCGCAAGUAACGGGGGCAAGGCAACUCCGCGGACGGUCCCUGUUCCUGCUGUACGUCCGCCACGGGACGGGGGUUGGCCGUCACUCACCGAGGUGGGGCGCAAAAAGUCGGAAGUCGAUGGUCGGGUGAUGCGCCGGUGGCUCGGGGAUAACCCUAAUGGACGAGUUUUCAACUACGAGUACGACGGCCGGACUAUCGCGGACCUCGGACUCGGGCAGGAGUGGGCAGGCGGACAAGUCAUCGUCCGCAUCCCGCCGGCGUACCUCGGCCGAGCGUGGUGGCUGAUGAGCGCUCUCCACCAGUCAUGGGAGCCCAGCGAGCCCCAUUCUCAUGAAGGCGCGAUGGGGCUGGAUAUGGAGAUCGAAGGAGGGGACAGAGGGGGUUACGACGACGUAGCAUGGUGUAAAUGCUGGGGGACCGAUUAUUACACGGACGACUCGGGCCUGGGGAGUGUACUGGUCCAUUGCGGUCAGCUGAGGUGGAAGAGGGGAGAGCAAGAGGGAUUACCGAUGAUUGGAAAGGACGGACUGAAGGUUGUCAUUCGCCUGUUGCCGCAGAUGACGAGAUAUGUCGGGAAUAUCAAGCAUGGGAUCAGGAGCCGGGCGUGGGGGAAUGGGCAUGAUGGUUUGACGAUUCAGGUACUCGAGGCGAAGCGGAUAUUAAACUACCACGACGUCCCGCCAGGAGAACCAAGUCGGAAACGCCAAAAGAGUCGGGUCCGCGACUUCAACGCUCAGCGUGUUGCGUUGCAGACAGAGGGGAAAUCGAGGCAUGGGGAAGAGGCGAUCGUGUGGUUCCCGUCGGGUUCGGCAGGAGACCAGAAAAUUGGAGCCAUGAUCAAGUACUCUCCGGGCGCUGUAUCGAGCUGGCUGUCCGUUUCGGAUCCGGCGAGUCUGUGGCGUCGCAAUCUGGAACUCAAGAGCGGGGACGAUACCUACUCCUUCACGCUCGACCAGCAAAUUUCCACCCACAGCCUUCCAGUCCUCACUCUUCAACUCAGCAGCCCACGAUUAGACCUACCCGCGUCAAGCGUCUGGGACCGACUCGGCGUGACCGCCACCGCCGACAAGUUUACAUGGACGGAUGCGGGGCUCAUUGUGCGCCCAAGCGAAAAGAUGGGAGCGUUGAUCCCGAUCGAGGGGUAUCGGUGGAUCGAUAAUGGCGAUGUGUUCUUGGCGGACUCGAGCUCGUCGGCUAGCGGAAGCGAGGGGAGGAGGGACGGUGAUAUGGUAAAAGCGGAGCCGAAGAGGGAAGAGGAGGAUGGGAUGGAAGGGGCGGAGCAGGAGAUGGCCAAUGGGGAAGAGGCAGUCGAGGAGGAUAGUCGCAUGGAGGAGAGUGGAGAGACCGGUGCUGAGUAG